GGUAAUUAAGCCAUUGGAUAAUUGUGGAUAUGAAUUCAGUUGAGUAUACUUUUGCCAUUGCUAAGUCGCAGUAGUAUAAGCUGCUAGCUUUCACAAACAUGUGCAUCCAAAAGAGUCAUUUUUUAUUUUUCUGUUGCUUGACUAGUUAGGUAACCUUUUUGUCUUAUAAGCGUAUCACACACAACUUGCUCCAGUCCUUUUUUUUCUCUCUCUCUCUCUCUGUGUCAAUACUGUGCCAACUCCUCCAGCUUUACAAACACGAUAAGACCAGAGCUGCAAGAACUCCUCCAGCACUAUGCCGGACUCAGAAUGGAGGAGACGUUGCAGCAAGAGAAUCAAGAGUCGGAUUAUAAAAAUUCGAAUGAGGACCAAGGUGGGAUCCGUCGCCGAUUACGGGACAGGGAUCUUCUCAAGAAGAGAAAGGCAGAAGCAGAAGAAAAGGAGACUAACCAGUGGGUUUUUGGGGUGGAGAGUCAAAGGAAAAGAACAAGGGCUGAGAGUGGCACGAAGCGGAGAGGGAGGCCCAAGAAGAGUGAGCCCACCCCGGAGGUCUGUGUCCAUCAGGAGGAGGCAGCGGUGCCUGAGGAGGCUCCCGCGGCGCUGGUGCCUGAACCUGCUGAGGUCGUCCCGUAUCAAACAGCAGAAUCUUUAUCCCCUCUACCGGAUGUGGAAUCACAACCGCCAUCUGCCCCGGAUGCCCCUGCACCUCGGCCACUGCUUGGAUCCACCCAGAGCCCCGUCUUUGCUCCUACGCUGACUGCUCCCGCUCCCGUUAUUCCGACUCCAGCCCUCUUCUCACCCUCGGCUCCGGUUUCAUAUGCCGUCAAACUUGCAGAUUCCGCUCCAGUCCCUGUUCCAUAUUCAGCUCCAGAUGCUGUUCCAGAUGCUGUUCCAGUCCUGACGCAAGCCCCUGUUCCAACUGCAGCUCCUCCUCAGGUGGAGACCUUCUUCCCAGAGUCACAAGGCAGAAAGGUCCUUGACCAGGUCCCGAUUAAGGACUUGGGCCCAGGUGAUGAGGAGGACGUCUAUUCAUCUAGUGACCAAACAGCAAAUGAAGAUUUGAUUGGGACAUCGUCCAUCAACAUGCCUGAACAAAACAAAAUGUUCUCAAUUCCAACCUUGUCCUCAACGCCGCCUCCACAGAAAUAUUUCCCGGGAAAUUUAUUCUAGUUUUCUGAAACACCUUUUUAGAUACUGCCUCAGCUCAGAUCCCAUCCAGUUUCUAGCUCAGUAUUAUUUUGGUUAGUGUGCAGCAGGUUGGCUUAAAGGAGCAAAUAUACUGAGCAUAUGUAUUGCUUAUUUGAAAAAAUUAUCAAUUCAAAACCAACCUGCAUCCUUAUUUAUUCUGGUUUGUUCUUCACUGCAAAGGUGAUGACUUCUAUUUUCUUUUUUAAAUUCAUGAAACAGCACAUUUUGCUUGCUUUUUAUUUAGUAGUAUAUGGUACCAAUCAAAUGAGGAUAAUGUAUGGAUUCAUUUGAUAGAAUUUUGUAUAAAGUUGUUAUUCACCUAAUAAAAGACAGUGCUUAUCAUUUGUG